AUGGCAAAAAUUAUAGAAGUUAAGUAUCAAUAAAACAUUUUAGUAAGGGCUUGUUUGGAGAAGCAAUGUCAAUGUAAUUACAAUAAAACAGAGUCUCUAAGACGAGUAGAUACAAAUUGUAAGUAUUUUAAUAACAUUAAGAAAUAAUUCUAAUUUACAGGAUCACACUGCCCUUAACUUAAGAUAUACUCUCUGUAAACUAAGUAAGUUUAAUAAAUUAAUUUAUAAAGCUAAAUCAAUAAUCCUAAAUUAAUUGUGAAAUUAGUUUAUAAGUACCUCAUUCACAAACUGCUAAGCUAAAAGAGAUAAAAGUGAUCAAAUGCUAAAAGAUUGGAAUGUCUCAUAAAAGGAAGCCCGACACGAAAAAUAUAUUAAAGUCGUAAGAGGAAAAAUACAAUCCACCUUUACUAUAAAAAUACCUAUGA